AUGUCUUUAAAAAAAAAAGAUGAGAAAUUAAUUAUUGGGAUAAAGUCUAUAAUUGAAGUUCUCGUAUUUAUAAGUCUAAUUACAUCAUUAUUAUAUAAUAAUUGGUUCAAUGGAAAUGAAUCUGGACUAAAAGUAAUUGGAUCUUUAUCAAAUAUUUGUUUUAUAAGUAACUCAAUAGAAAAUUUGGAAAAUAAGGAAAAUAUACUAAAUAAUUUUCAAUUAAUAAAACAAUCAUCAUCAUUAAAACAUAUUAUUCCAAUUAUUAAAAAAAAUUUAAGUCAAAAAUAUAAAGGAUAUAAAGAUUCAUUAAUAUAUGAAGAAUUUAAUAAUUUUACAAAUUAUUCUAUAUAUUAUUGUAUAGAAUAUAAAUAUGAUAAAGAAUUAUUUGAUAAUAUUUUAAUAUUUGGGUUUUCUAUAAAUUAUUUUAUAUAUUUAUCAUUAUUAAUAACAAUAAUAUCAUUAAUAACAAAUAUUUGGAUAAUUAAAAAGAAACAAUGGAAUUUUAAUGAAGUAUUUAUUCCAAUAAUAGACUUUUUAAACUUUUUAAUAAGUUUUUUUACAAUUUUAAAGAUCUCAUAUAUAAUAUCUCCAAUAAUAAUAUUAUUAUUUAACAAUGGGUUUUCAAUACAUUUAUCAAUAAGUUUUUUUAUAUAUUGUAUAGUACUUGGUAUAUUAUUUGCAAUAUUUUCAAUAUCUCUUGCUAUCUUCCAAUAUAGAUUUGAAAAGAAAAAAAGAAAUGAAGACAUUAAGAAUCAGAUAGAACGUCUUGAAGUUGCGGAUAGUUUAUUAAAAAUAAUAAGUCGUUAG